AUGGAGGACAAGAAGAUUGCAGAGGACCCAAAGAUUUCAGGAAUGAAAAUAGAAAAUGAAGUUGACCAAGAUGGCAUGUUCUCGAAACUUCGUUCUGACUUCUAUAAGAAAGCCAGUAAACUCGUUCGAGAAUGUGAUAUCGAUGUUGGAAUAGUUCUUUUUCCACCUUCUGGUGAUUCUUCUUCAUUUUUUCAUCCGACGGCUGAUGCAAUCAUCGGCCGUCUGAUGAAUCCUACGAUAGAAUUCAAUGCAGAUGAUGUAACCAAGUAUGAAGCUUGGUUGGAUUCGGCUAGUUUUAAAAUGAAGUAUAUUUUGGAGUUAUUGGAAAAUGAAGCUACAUCCUCAUCACCAUCCCAAUGA